AUGGCGCUGGUCCGCCCCGAGCAUCCAAAUCUGGCCGCCCGCCGCCCGCGGCUCGUCGUGCUCCUCCUGCUCGCCUUCUUCGCCCUUCAGCUCCUCGUCUUCCUCGCUUUCCGCGCCGUGCGCCCCCCUCCCGCCCCGGCCUCCGCCGCCGCCGUGCCGGUGCUGGCGUCGGCGCCGAUGCGCCGAGACGAGAAUGAUUCGCGCUGCGGCGACGGCCUCGUGUACCUCUACGACCUCCCCGCGGCCUUCAACGAGGACCUGCUCGGGAUGUGCGACGCGCUGGCGCCGAUGUACUCGCUGUGCCCCUACCUCGCCAACGACGGGCUCGGGUUCCCUGCGGGCGGGACCAACCUGUCGUCGCUCCUGCCGCGGCAGCUGCUCGGGUCGUGGUACGCGUCCGACCAGUUCGCGCUGGAGCACAUCGUGCACCGCCGCCUGCUCUCCCACAGCUGCCGCACGACGGACCCGGCGCGCGCCGCGGCGUUCUUCGUGCCAUUCUACGCGGGGCUCGCCGUGGGCCGACACCUGUGGGCGGCCAACGCCACCGGUGCCGACAGGGACAGGGACUGCGUCGCGCUGCUGUCGUGGCUCCACGCGCAGCCGUGGUACCGACGGUCCCACGGCUGGGACCACUUCAUCGCGCUGGGCCGCAUCACGUGGGACUUCCGCCGCACGACGGACGCCGGGUGGGGCGGCAGCUUCCUCACCAUGCCCGGGGUGGCCAACGUCACCCGCCUCGUCAUCGAGCGCGAUCCCUGGGACGGCAUGGACGUCGGUAUCCCGUACCCGACCGGGUUCCACCCGCGCACCGCCGCCGACGUGCGCGCGUGGCAGCGCUACGUCGCGCGGCGCCCGCGCCCCAGGCUCUUUGCCUUCGCCGGCGCGCCGCGGUCCGCCAUCAAGGGCGACUUCCGCGCGCUGCUGCUGGAGGAGUGCCAGGCGGCCGGGGCCGCCGCCUGCGGCGCGCUGGACUGCGCCGAGGGCAGGUGCAUCAAGAACAACGCGCUCGUCAUGGAGCUCUUCAUGGGCGCCAGGUUCUGCCUGCAGCCGCGCGGGGACAGCUUCACGCGGCGCUCGCUGUUCGACUGCCUGGUGGCGGGCGCCGUCCCCGUGCUGUUCUGGCGGCGGAGCGCGUACCGGCAGUACGGGUGGUACCUGCCCGUGGACGGGCGCGAGGGGGAGUGGUCCGUGUUCAUCGACCGCGACCAGCUCCGCGCGGGGAACCUCACGGUGCGCGGCGUGCUGGCGGCAAUCCCGGAGUCGCGGGUGCGGCUGAUGCGGAAGCGCGUGGUGAAGAUGAUCCCGGGGCUGCUGUACUCCGCGGCUGAUGGGGAGGGCCUCGGCGGCGGCAUGAAGGACGCCGUGGACGUCAUGGUCGACGGCAUGCUGCGGCGGGUCGCCGAGCAGCGCCCGAGAUGGCGGACGACAUGA